GCUAAUAAUAAACGUCCUGAGUAAUGAGUGGCUUGGGCCGGAGCAGGCGAGGUGGCCGGACCCGGGCGGGCCCGGAGUGGUCUCCACAGGGCCUGCGGAUGGGGGUGGCCAUGGGUCAGUGCCCCGAAGAACAGUACUGGGAUCCCCUACUGAACAUCUGCCUCUCCUGCAAACUCAUCUGCAGCCAUCAGAUUCCACGCACCUGUGCAGCAUUCUGCAAGUCACUCAGCUGCCACAAGGAGCAAGGCAGGUACUACGACCAGCUCCUGAGGGACUGCAUCAGCUGUGCCUCCAUCUGCGGACGUCACCCCAAGCAAUGCACGUACUUCUGUGAGAACAAGUUCAGGAGCCACGCGAACCUCCCGCCAGAGCUCAGGAGACAGCGGGCCGGGGAAGCUGAAACCAGGCCAGACGGCUUGGGGAGGUACCAGGGAACAGAGCACAGAGGCUCCGAGCCAGUUCCAGCACCCCAAUUCCAGGAGCCAGGAGAAACUUCAAGGGGAGAGCUUCGGCUCAGGGCUGCCUUCCUCUGGCACCCAAACCAGAGGCUCAAGGCCCUGGGAAGAAAAGUGACCACCCCAGCUCCCCAGGACUCUCCUGGUUUGCCAGCCCAGAUUCAUCAGCAACUGUGCCCGGCUCACUCUCAAAGUAUGCGUCCCCAGGACGGCCCCCUCUUACAGGAGGGCCCAGGUCGAGACAGAGACAUCUUCCCGGGACUAUAGUCUGUCCAUUUUUCCAUCCACCGCUGGUAGUGUCCCGAUCUACAUCCUGUAGCAAGAGCAGACGUAAAAAGGGCGAGCUCCAGAGGUGUCCAGCUCUGAGGUCUUGGAAGAAGUUGCCACCAGCCUGGGGGGGGGAAGGGGGCUGAUUUCUUCCGGAGUCCAGAAAAGGGUCCACACGAGCCAAGCUUCAGGGUGAGGAAGGGAACCAGCUUCUCCAGGAGCCAGACAGAUCCACAACACGCCAAGGGCCGGGGGCCGGGGGCUCGGCCCUCCAAGGGGGCACAGGGAUGGCCACGUGGCUUGCUUGGGUCUAACGAGAGAAAAGAAGGAUGGUAGGACAAGGGGGAUGCUAGCCCGAGGAGGGGACACUUCAGGGAAGGGCCCUGGGAGGUGAAGGGCCCCUCCUGAUCUCGGCGCCUCAUGGCUGUCUUGCAACCCCCCCGGCCCCAG